AUGAUUCCAUUUCGAACACCGUUUUAUCUUCAAGAUAAACACUCCUUUGUUACUUGCACUUAUGUUCCAAAAUACCGUGCGAUUUGGCUAUAUACGACACCAUUAUGUGUUGAUGAUGACGAAAAGGAUCCGAUAAGAUGUGAAGUAUCAUGGAAUGACGAGAUCUGUCGCCUUACUCAACGAUCAAUUAAUGAAAUAAAUGAUACCACUGCACACACGACACCAUUGAUUGCAAUUGAUUUUGGUGGAUUUGGCAUCAGUGAUCAAGGAAUACGACAUUUUGCUGAUGCUCUGCGUCAUAACACGACAAUCAUUUCACUAGAUUUAUCCGACAAUGGUAUACAAGACCAAGGAGUAGAACAUCUUGCUGCUGCUUUACUACAUAACAAAACAAUCACGACAUUGAAUCUUGUUCGCAACGGUAUUGGAGAUCGAGGAGCACGAUAUCUUGCAAACGUUCUGCGAAACCACCAGGUAAUUUUUAUUUCGUAUGCUUUUUGCUCUCUCGUACACACGUUUCACAUAGACAUUGAUUUCACUAAAUAUCAUUCGCAACAAAAUUACCGACAACGGAGCAGGAUAUCUUGCAAACGCUCUGCAAUAUAAUGAGGUAGUUCUUUUUUCUAUGUAUGUAGCUUUGAUGUUAUUACCUACUCAUACAGA